GAUUAACCUUGUUAAGGUUAUCUUCCUUGCGAGGCUUUGAAGAGCGCGCCGACCAGCAACUCUGGAAAAAGCUUCAGCGAAAUGGCGAGAGUUGUCAAAAAAAAAGUGAGAAGAAAAGUCAGAAGAAGGCUCUCUGAUGUGAACACGUGUAGGGUCCAAACUCGCAAAUCCCUACAAUUUCUUGGUGACCCCGACUGUAAAUCGAGGGAGGUAGAUGGGCGUUGGCCGUCGGCAGAUGAGAUUUUUUGGAGACAUGGCGAGAACAAGACCAAAGCGGUUGGGUUUAAAUCCAACACUAUUCUUCCACUGUGUCACGGGGGAGGCUCGACGACGGACCCAAAUGUACGACUCAAGAGGCAAGCAGGCAGGACAGAGGAGGUCUUUAUUUGUGCUGAGGUUGGUUACCAGCAGGGGUUCAUCAGCUCGUAUGAGGCGCAGGUGUGCUCUCCCCAAUCAGCUGGCCACGCCCAGCCAGGACAGGAAGGCAGGGACAAGACACACUAUUGUCCCAGUCCUCUUCAUGAUGGUAUUCACAACACUGAGUUAUUGAUUAUUGGACCUCGGAGACACAGGCAUCUGUUGAGGGCACCUGAUCAAAAUUACCAUUAUCAUUAUCACUCGGAGUUAUUGGUGGAAAAGAUUCCUCUUCUUCAGUGUCUUUCUCGAGAUCAACACCCCAGUCCGCGAGAUGGCGGUAAUGCUCCUGAACGCUAGUUGUAUUUCAACUCAAACAAGAACAAGAAGGCGAGUGUACCGACGUUGUGUGGCUAAUUACCGCUUUGUUGUAAAAACGUAUUUAGUUUUGUGUGCUCCCAUAUUUGACGC